AUGUCUUCAGAAAAAUUCAUAACUUUCAAGACUAGCGAUGGUGAGGAAUUCAAACUCAAUGAGGCUGUAGCUGUGAGGUCAGAAGUCAUCAAGAACAUGGUACAAGAUGCGGAUAGUACUUCUAAUGUCAUCCCCUUGUCUAAUGUUGAUGGCAAAACAAUGACCAAAGUUAUUCAAUAUUGGAAGAAAUAUUCGGAAGAAGGUGUUACGAAAGAUCAGUUAAAGAGUUUUGAUCAGGAUUUCUUGAAUAUGAGCCAAUCAGAAUUAGUUGGUGUUCUCUUGGCUGCUAAUUUUUUUGAUGAUAAGCAGUUGAAGGAGGUAAUAAUCCAAGAAUUUGCUGAUAGGAUCAAAGGGAAACCAAUAGAGGAAAUACGUGAAGUAUUUGGUACUGUGAAUGAUUAUACUCCAGAGGAAGAGGAGGAGAUCCAUAGAGAGAAUGCUUGGGCUUUUGAAUGA